AUGGUGUAGAGAUCAUCAUCAAUGAUAACAUGAUAAAAGUUCAUGGUACAUUGAUCUCAUUUGUUGGUGACUCAUUAGCAGUACAUGAUAUUUUGGGUUUUCUAAGCCCAUCUGCAAGAAAGCUAUGUAGGUUGUGCCUUGUAACUCGAGAAGAAAUCCAGACUAACUUUUCAGAUGAGGAUUUUCAGCUUCGUGAAAUGGAAGAACAUGAUGAAUUAUCUCAGAUUGCUGCUGAUAGAGGACGUGGUGAUUCAGACAGUGGCAUAAGAGGUGUAUGCCCAUUGAAUGUGUUGAGUUCUUUCCACUGUGUGAAUAAUUUCAACUUUGAUGUUAUGCACGAUCUUCUUGAGGGAGUGUGUCAGUAUGAGAUUAAACUCAUACUUAACCAGCUUCUCUUUGUGGAUCAAUUCAUGACAUUGUCUGAAUUUAAUCAGCGCAUAUCAUCUUUUCAUUACUCGUUCAAUGACAAGAAGAACAAGCCAACUUGCUUGUCAAUGGAACGAAUAAGGAAUAUACAAGACCACAAACUAGGUGAAAAGGCUUCCCAAAUGUGGUGUUUGACACGGAUGUUGCCUCUGUUGAUAGGGGAUCGUAUCCCUCAAGAUAACCUCCACUACGAAAUACUACUUUUGUUGUUACAAUGCUUGGAUAUAAUUUAUUCACCCGUAGUUUCUAUACCUCAGACUGUAAUUCUGAAACACAUGAUUAUUGAUCAUCAUAGUCAUUUCAAGCUUGUGUUUCCCAAAAGCCGUAUGAUAAAUAAGCACCAUCACAUGGUGCACUAUCCAAUGUGCAUGAGAAUGUGUGGACCUCUGGUUCUUUCGCAAUGUCUUCGGUUUGAAAUUAAGCAUAAUUUUGGCAAGAGAUUAGCAGCAAUUAAUUGUAAUUUUAGAAACAUUUGCAAAAGUGUUGCUGUAAAACACCAGGUGAUGCAAUGUGCAGGUUGGAUGGGAAAAGGUCUAAGAGAAGAUUUGGAGUGCAUUAGUGGUAGUGUUGUUACAGUUUCUUCAUUAGAAGGAAGCCAAUCUAUCAUUGAAAGCCUUCACCUUCAUGAGGACUCUGAAAUCUUUGCAGCCAGUAAAGUGACAGUAUAUGGCAUUGAGUAUAUUCCAAAUAUGUACUUGGUAACAGGCAUUGAUGAUGAUGAUGAACCACAGUUCAGUCGAAUAGUAGUCAUUUUGGUCCCAGGGACAACAGCAGGAGAGAUCAAUUUUGUUGUUAGAAGGUGUUACAAUAGUGGGUUUUUCCGCCAUUACCAUGCCUUCUGUGUCCAAGAAAUGGAGAUGUGUGCAUACAGUUUGGUGAGGCUUGAUGACCUUAUUGACCAUGUGCCUUUGACUGCAUUAUCAUCCUAUGAGAACAACUCAAGAGUUUACCUGUGCCCUCGACAUAGUCUAAUACAUCAUAGAGAAUGAUGUUGACCUAGAAGUUCUACUUACAAUGUCAGAAGGAGAUCUUGACAAACUUGGCAUAUCAUUUGGUUUGAGGCGGAAAUUGUCCGUGGCAAUUGGAAAGUCACAACAGCAGCCAGAGAGUACCUCAGACGAAAUCG